UGGGGUGGUUCAGUCGCGCCGACAGCCCGCGCCGGGUAGCACAGGCCGAGCGAAGGGAGACGACAGAGGGUGAGAAAGUUCUGUGAGAGAAGACAGGGCAAGGGGGAGAGCGCCUGUGAGCAACCUGUGUCGCCCGCUAACCACAACGACGGGGGCGGAGGGGAGUAUGGGCGAGGUUGGGGGGGUGCGAUGCCGCUCCAUGAGCUCUCUCCCUCCCGAGCCCUUCAUGAUUAUGCGCUCGAAGGCGCUGAACCGGCGUGUCAUCAUCAACGUCGGCGGAGUGAAGCACGAAGUGCUCUGGAGGACUUUGGAACGGCUGCCUCACACCCGGUUGGGACGCCUCCGGGAGUGCAACACCCACGAGGCCAUCACGGAGUUGUGUGACGACUACUCCCUCAUAGACAACGAGUACUUCUUCGACAGACACCCGAAAUCUUUCAGCUCCAUCCUCAACUUCUAUAGGACUGGCAAGCUACAUCUGGUCGAUGAGAUGUGCGUCCUCGCGUUCAGCGAUGACCUCGAGUACUGGGGCGUCGACGAGCUCUACCUCGAGUCGUGCUGCCAGCACAAAUACCACCAGAGGAAGGAGCACGUCCACGAGGAGAUGAGGAAAGAGGCUGAAUCCCUCAGGCAGAGGGACGAGGAAGAGUUCGGCGAAGGGAAGUGCGCCUACUACCAGCAGUUUCUCUGGGACCUACUCGAAAAGCCUACGACCUCCAUCGCCGCAAGGGUCAUAGCGGUUAUCUCGAUCCUGUUCAUCGUUCUUUCGACGAUUGCGCUCACGCUCAACACAAUACCACAAUUGCAAGUCAACGACGAGAAAGGCGCCGUGCAGGACAACCCGCAGCUUGCGAUGGUGGAAGCGGUGUGCAUUACCUGGUUCACGCUGGAAUACGUGCUGCGAUUCAGCGCGUCUCCGAACAAGUGGAAGUUCUUCAAAGGAGGCCUCAACGUAAUAGACUUAUUAGCGAUACUGCCGUAUUUUGUGUCCCUGUUUCUCGUCGAGACGAACAAAAAUGCCAACGACCAAUUCCAAGAUGUGAGGAGGGUUGUGCAGAUCUUCAGGAUAAUGAGAAUCCUAAGGAUAUUGAAGCUCGCACGGCAUUCCACCGGGCUGCAGAGUCUUGGUUUCACCUUGAAGAACUCUUACAAAGAGCUUGGCCUUCUCAUGCUCUUCCUGGCCAUGGGUGUCCUUAUAUUUUCCAGUUUGGCCUAUUUCGCGGAGAAAGAAGAACCGGGAACCAAGUUCAUCAGCAUACCGGAAACCUUUUGGUGGGCGGGUAUUACAAUGACAACGGUCGGAUAUGGAGACAUCUACCCCACCACCCCCUUGGGGAAAGUGAUCGGUAGUGUCUGUUGUAUCUGUGGUGUGCUCGUGGUGGCACUCCCCAUUCCCAUCAUCGUUAACAACUUCGCCGAGUUCUACAAGAACCAAAUGCGACGGGAAAAGGCGCUGAAGAGGCGUGAAGCACUCGAAAGGGCUAAGCGCGAAGGUAGCAUCGUUUCAUUCCACCAUAUCAACCUGAGGGACGCUUUUGCAAAGAGCAUGGACCUAAUCGAUGUCAUCGUUGACACAGUGGGGGCUCCAGGGCACAAUCUAGGCGGAGAGCCAGGAGGUGUGGCUGAAUGCGAGCUGGUCCCUGGCCCGAAACUGAAACCAAGGCAGCCGCAAGCAGGAGUUCCCAGCAUCACGGGUCCGCCCCAGACGCUCCUUGACCUGGAAUCGCCACCUCAGCCGCCUCCACUUCCAGUCCCGACAAGUCCAGGCCAUGAGAGCAAAAACGACUCAAACAUCCUAUCAAAACUCGACGAGUUACCGAGUGAAUUCGAAUGUUGCUUUUGCAACACUAAGGACUAUAAAGAGUUCACGGAUGCAGAAAACCUCAUGCUGUUCUCGACAUCUGACUUCCGGAACCCAAUCUGCCUUGAGAUGAAACUGCUUAGAAGUGGUGAAGGGGCUCCGGGCUCAGCCGUCUGCGCUAUACCCGGAGCCAUGGAAAUAGGCUCGGUAGAUUCGUCGGACACGUAUGCAUCUUGCAAUACACAGCCCUUCGCAUCUCAGGGCGAUCUCACCGAGGAAGACUCGAACCUGUACAUCAACCCUAUGCUACACGAUACCGAGACGAGGAAUGUGAAAAAGUCAGCGUCCGGUGACACAGCUCUGCGCGCCUUCGACGAGGAGGAGGACCCGUUCCACAGCCAGGAGCGAGGCAGCAGGGGAUCCCUCAAUGAGACUCCUCUUCCGAAACACAGAAAAACAAGAUUCUCACAACGAGCGUUGAUAAUAAAACAACGACAGUCUGCAAAACUAGGGGAAGGAAUUGGGAGGGAAUCGGAAGAAAGUUUGGAGACGAUAAAGAAAAGGCGACCUUCAUUCAUGCCCAGCCGGCCACUAGCGACUGCUACAAGGCUGAUAAAUCAACAUUUAUUUGGGCUCCAAUCGCUUGGUAAAUCUGGAAGAGGACGUAAUGGCGAAAGCAGAUCUUCCCUCUCGGUCGAUUCGAUAGACAGCAGGAUAUGUCCAACACCCGAAACACACCGUCGUUCCAAGUCCAUCCUGAAGAAGCACGAGUCGACAACCUGCGGGCUCAACCAUCGACCAGCACGUGAUGACCCCGAGGCGGAAAAGCUCAUAUCUUCGGACAAUGUCUCUGGUGCAUCGGGUGGAGGUGCCGACUUCAGUCCGGGUCGGACGAGAGGAGCCGUACUCAAGUUCUCAAUGGACCCGCCCCCGCUGUACAUCUGUCCCCCUCCACCUCCUAUGGACCAGUCGCCUACUGAAGAGACGAAACUCUUAGGUAGGAGGCACCAACACCUGAACACGUCUUAGCAAUCAAUUGUAAUGAAAGAGAAAGCCCUGUGAUCUUGGAAAAAUCUUCGCCUCUACACUUUUCAAAAACAAUCAUGUCUAAGCUAUACAUAUGUAAGAUUUACUCGGUGGAAAUUGAUCGCAAAUAAAUUUAAUUUCAAAAGAGGCUCUACACAUCAAGUAUUCCUAAGUUGUGUCAUGAAAUAAACCCACACGAGGCUGCGAAAGGCAAUAAAACUUUUGAACGUAUUAUUAAAACAGUAUAACCUUUGAAAAGUGCUUUAUAGAGAUCAUGAAAGAACAAAUUAAAAAUUAAAAGUCUAAAAAUUAAUAUUUUAAUACAGUAAUAAACUUUGCUCAAGCACUUCAUUGGAAUUUAAAUGUAAGACAUACAUUAAAAAUUCAUAGUAUGUAUUAUGUAAAGAUGAAGUAUAAAUGAGAUUUAUGUUGUGCUAUGUGGUCAAAAUAUACCAUAGAAAGCUAAAUAAAAUUCCCGGAUGUGUAUGUGGGGGGGGGAUAAUAAGACUACAGGAUGCAAAGUUGAACUUUACUUUUACAUCCACAGUUUACCGAAAAUAUAAUAAAAUUAAACUUUUGUUAAAGGUCAAAACAUAAAUACAAUAGUUUGUAAAUGUUCAGAGUGACAUAUCAAACUAAAAAAAAAUAUAUAUGUAAAAAAAUAAAACCAAAAUGCAAAAUUUAAAAACAAAAUAAUAAACA